AUGCUUAUAAAGCAAUUGACUGACAUAAUUUUAACGAAUAACUAUAUUUUGAAGCAUGAUUCAGUCGUUGAUAUCCAAUUUUCUUUACAUCCAUCGAAAGACUUCAAUCCACUUGCAGGUCAAUCAUUCAAUCAACCAACGCUCUCUUCAUGUGCAUCGUGGAACUCAGUUGGUGUGACUUUCGCUGACAACCGCACGAUCACACCUGGAAGCCAAGGCAUUUUUGUUGAUACCAACAAUACCGUUUACGUGGUUAAUCAAGAUGAUAGCCGAAUUUUUGUUUGGCUUGAAGCCAGUAAUACUCCGUCGAGAGAAAUCUCCGUUGAUUCUGGAUUUCACUUCAGCUUAUUCGUCACAAGUAAUGAUGAUAUCUAUGUUGAUCAUGAUGAUAGUAAGCGAGUCAUAAAAUUGGCUUUGGGUGUUAGUACUACCGUGAUGACUGUUGGUGCAUCAUGUACUGGAGUCUUUGUCGAUACUAAUGAUACUAUUUACUGUUCCAUGCGUGAUCUGCAUCAAGUUAUAAAGCAAUCACUAACAGAUAGUUCAAGCAAACCUGUAGCUGUUGCGGGUACCGGUACUGGUGGAUUAGCUCCAAAUAUGCUCGAUCAACCUUACGGAGUCUUCGUUGACAGCAAUUUUAAUUUGUUUGUAGCAGAUUGUGGUAAUCACAGAGUUCAGCUCUUCGAACCUGACCAACUGAUCGGAGUAACAUUGGCAGGCACAGGAUCAAAUGGGAGCCUCUCACUCAAAUGUCCGAUAAGUAUCAUGAUGGAUGCCGACGGUGAUCUAUUCAUCGUCGAGCGAGGUAACAAUCGAAUCAUCAGAUUGAGUCCAAACGGAGAUGAAGAUGUAAUUAUCGGAGGGCAGGGAUCAGAUCCUAAUCAACUAAGUGGGCCAGUCAACGCCGCUUUCGAUAGUUAUGGUAAUAUUUUCGUUGCUGAUGUAUACAACAACAGAAUUCAAAAAUUUUACUUGGCAUCAGAUUCGUGUGGUAUGUAUAAAAACUAUUGUAUACGAGAUCAGCCAAUCACAAGAGACCAUCUAUACUUACAUUACUGUUUUCUGACUGAAUAUUAG